AUGCGUGGCCACGGUACUUCGGUAAUGCCGAUAACGGCUGGAUGUCGGAAAGAUAUUGAACGUUUAUUAAAAAUGUAUAAAGAAAAAGAAACCCUUCGAUAUAAACCAUUCAUUGAAUUAUUCGAUAAGAUGAAAUUUGCGACAAUAUUUAUGGGUCGUAUGAGUCCUGCUGAACUCUAUGAAUUCAGUGAAAAAUUGCUUCAAAUAACAAUUGCAUAUGCUAUGUCAUAUCGUGAACGAAAACCAGCUGAAUACGCCGAGGAAUCAACAACCGAUAAUGAACCUAUGUCAUUAUCAGAUAUACGAUUCAGUAAUGAAAUGACUUUACAGGAACGAAUGUUUGGCGUAUAUCUAACAUAUGCUCUGUAUUUUGUGCAGCCAGAAAGUUAUGUGGCGCAAGUGCGAGUUACACCUGAUCAAAUGGCUGAUUUAAUUGAUUUCAUCAGUGAACGUCUGAUUCCGGAACGACAUAUCGAUGCGUUUGCUGCUCUAUUCAAACUUAUUAAUGGAGGAGCAUUCCGCAUAUACGCUUUUGAAAAAGAACACAAUCCAUUGCUGCAUCGUCGUUUUGAUCUAAGGGAAUUAGAUGAAGGUGGUCUGGAUGAAACGGAAGCACAGGAGCACAGUUUUCUGAAAGCACUCGCUGAUGAUAUUGUAUUUACGCAGGCAGAUAUCAUUUGCAAACGUUAUCUGGCUGCGAAGGAAAAAGCUAAUCUUCCGGCUGAUUUAAACAUAAACUUAGUUCAAACAACAGUGUCAGAAAUUUACAAUGACAUUUUAAAAAGUACGGGAGCAGAAAUGGAGGUAAAUUUAUCGCCGAAAAAAGCGCCUCGUCAAAAUUCGGGUCGCUUUCGUUCAGCACUCAAAGAGAAAGCUUAUAAAUCACAUAUCAUUCACGCUCGACAUCGACGAUAUUUAGUGGAUCCAUCGGUUUCCUCAACAAACAGUGAGACGGAGCAAGAACGAAAUAUGAUAUCUGCAACGGAGAUGCUGAAAACACUGAAACGUUAUUCAUCAAGUGGAUCCGACAAAGGUAUGGAGGGUGAGGAUAUGGGUGAUGUUUUAUUACUUUCUGAAGAAAAACGACGGAAUGAAAGUGAGUCGUCGACUGGAGCAACUGGAUCAAGUAAAAAAUUGGGCAAAUCAUCAAAAGUAACGAAGAAAAAGACGGGCGGGAGAAAGAGAGGAAGGAGUAAAUUGAGUAUUUCGGAAAUGUCGCUUGCAGAAUUAACUCACGACCUUGGAGAAAGUGUUGCAGCUUUGAAUCAAGAAGAAAGAGAAAUCGAGAACUCCAAGAAAGAACGGAUUGCUGAUCGUCUGCUGGAAAAAAUACAGAAAGCACAGGAGAAAAAUGUAUAA